AUGGAUUUGUAUAAUUGUGAUUCACAAAGUAGAAUCCACGUUCUACAUGAACACUCAACAUCUAUCAAGUCUUUGGCUAUCCAUGGAACUAAGCCCUAUGUGCUAUCAGCAUCCUGUGAUGGUAAAAUUUUGCUAUGGGACUAUGGAAAAGACUGGCAAUUGAUAAAAACAUUUGAUGCCAAUAGUUGUCUUGAUAAAUGCGAUACUGUGCAGCAAGUUGCGUUUAACCCGAAGGACACUGAUAUGUUUGCCAGUGCCCAGGGCAAUACAGUAAAGUUUUGGAAUCUGCAUUCGGGUGAAUGUAAGCACAUAUUGUCUGGCCAUUCAGAUUCAGUGAUGUGUUUGGAUUACUUCAGUCUGGGUCAGAAGCUAUACUUGAUCACCGGUUCACAAGACAAAACUGCUAAGAUCUGGGACUGUGAGACACAGAGGUGUGUUCAUUCACUGAAAGGGCACAUGGAUGUUGUUAACAUUGCGUUUUGCCAUCGGGAUCUUCCAAUACUCAUUACAGGUUCAUGGGACGGGUCAGUUCGUUUAUGGGACUCCACCACCUUCCGGUAA